UAAUAACCAUGUAAAAAUACUUUCGCUGAUGGUCUCGUUUUGCUGUUACAGGUGAUUUACAUUCAUCAGAGGAAUCAAGAUACUGUUUCAAAAACACUUUAAAGCAACACAAUCAGCAUAUUUGCAGACUUCCCAGCAUGCAUUGUUUGAGUUAAAAACCGUCCUGAGACCCUUUUUUCCAUAGUUUGAAGAAAAUGUGUGUUGGAUGGAAACAUGCUGUGUUUCAUCAUGAGAGAAGUCCUGAAACAUUAUUGAUUCAUCCAGUGUGACUGCUGAUUCUGAUGUGAUUCAUUCCUCUUCAUUACCAUAUUUUCAUGACAAUAAACUAUUUCAACAUGGAUGUACUGCAUUAAACACGGGAGACAACACGUGCAUGUGUGGCGCUCAGACUGACCUACUUCAUACUGUAUGUAAACGUGUGUGCAGACUUGUGAUUUAUGCACCUCACAGCUCUUCAUACAGUGCCAACCACACCCUGCACAGCCAGGAAUCACAACACGCGCUGCAUCUGUUUGCUUUGAAUGUAAUAAAAUGUCUCAUCCAUGUGAUAUUUGUCAACAGACUUGUGAUCCUGCAGAUAAGAAAAAAAAAAAAUCCAACGGGAGUCAGAUUGGAAAUGUGAAAAACUCUCUGAUGAAAUGAGUCGUGCCAGUGACGAAACACACCAGCUGCUGAUUAAAGCUUCUGAAUUCACUUGAGCAGCUGUGUUUGGGUCUUCAUUCGGCGACACUUCUUCUUCUUCUUGAGCAUUAUUAUUUUUUUAUUUGCAAAGUCAGGGGACGGUGUGAGGGGGAAGAGGACGGACGCCCUUCAGCCGCAGCAGCAGCAGCAGCAGCAGCAGCCGCGGACGUGCGCGCACCGCUGGAGGCAGUCGAGCUGCAGACGGAGGCUCGUUUCGGAGGAACUCCGGCUGAUGUUAGCGGCGGAGAGAGGCGAGCAGAGGAGACGCGGAGCUGCCGAGGGAAAGGCAUGACAUGUGAGCCAAGUCUGCACAGAUACAACAAAUUACCCAAAGUAUGAGUGCGGCAGGGGCGGGUCGAUGCUCGGAGGGACUUGACACAGGUGAAUGAGCGCCCUGCUGCACGUCCCCUCUCUCUCUGUGUGGUUUUUUUUUUCUUGUAUCCUGGUUUCCCUCUCCACGGCUCCUGUCGCUGCUUCACCCUGCGCGGCGUCAAGGUGCAGCGGGGACGGGAGGGAGGCAGAGCCGCUGUUUUUUUUUUUUUUUGGUUUUUUUUUUUAUGUUUUUUUUUUGGUUUUUUUUUUGAUUAACUAUCCGACAUCAUCUAGCGCAGAGGAGGAACGACGCGACGGCUUUUUAAGCUGCUGAGUGACCGCAGAGAGCGAGACGCGCACACUGGAGACGACACUAUGUCAAAGGAGAGCAGAGGAAAAGGGACAUCACGAAAGCACAGCGCCACUCACUGGUGUCUGCAGAACAUCGCACAAGAGUCAGUCGACAGCUCCGAUGAGGAGUUCUUUGACGCCAGAGCAGAUGUGAUGGAGGGGAAGAGCGCCAUUCUGCUGGGCAUGAGUCAGUGGAACUCAAAUGACCUGGUGGAGCAGAUUGAGACUCUGGGACACAUGGAGGACCAGUCACAUGAGGGUCUCUACCAGCUGGGCGGCCCACGCUGUCCCCCUCAGAGCAGCAUUGAAGGACUGGAGGACAUAGAGAGUAAAUGUAAGACGCAUGUGCUGCUGCUGGUGGUGCACGGGGGGAAUAUCUUGGACACAGCAGGCGGAGACCCGAGCACAAAGGCUGGCGACGUGGCCACGCUGGCGUCGGUGCUGGAGAAGGUGACGCGGGUGCAUUUUCAGGCCGCCAGCGAACACGUGAUGAUCAAGCUGGUGCCAUGUCCGGCGGUGUGCGCUGAAGCCUUCUCCCUGGUGUCCAACCUGAACCCAUACAGCUAUGACGAGAGCUGUGUCUCCAGCAGCGUCGACCACCUCCCCCUGGCUGCUCUCCCCCUCCUCGCCAUCGUCUCUCCUCGCUACCAGGACGCCGUGGCGACGGUGAUCGCCCGGGCCAACCAAGUCUACCACAGCUUCCUGCAGUCAGAGGACGGGCAGGGAUUCACGGGUCAGGUAUGCCUGAUGGGGGACUGUGUGGGCGGUGUGUUGUGCUUCGAUGCUCUGUGCUUCAGCAACCACCAGAGGCCUGGCAGCCCCAACAACAGCAGCAGGAACAACAGCACUGAGAGUCUGAAGGAUAACUCGGGCCUGCUCGGGGAGUCCAGCCCGGGUCUGAGUUCUAGCAAGAGGCUGAGUAAGAGCAACAUCGAUAUCUCUGCCCCCAAUGAAGGGCACGGCCAGGGCGGGCCGCCGCUCAGCCGCAAGCAGAGCGACUCGUACGAUGGAGACACCUCGUCCACGGGCCAGCACAGCUUUUUCUCCAGUUUGAUGAAGGAGAGUGUGGAGGUGCGUGGCGGCAGCAGCACCAGUCUGGUGUUGAACCCCGGUCGGUUCGACUUCGAGGUGUCGGACUGCUUCCUGCUGGGCUGUCCGCUGGGCCUCGUGCUGGCCAUGAGACGCACUGUGCUGCCUGCCGUCCAGGUGAGCCAGCUCCAUCCAGCAUGCUCUCAGAUCUUCAACCUGUUUUACCCCUCGGACCCUUCAGCCUCUAGACUGGAGCCUCUGCUGCAGCCUCUCUUCCACAAGUUGCCACCGUUUGCUGUGCCACGCUACCAGCGCUACCCUCUGGGAGAUGGACGCUCAAUGCUUAUAGCGGAAAGUAUCCAAGGCAAUACAGGCGUGUUUCUGGAAGGUGAUCAAACUCCUGGAGGCCCAGCUUCGCAGUCAUCCUCGGAGACGAAGACCGAAGGAGGCGGCGGAGGAGGUGAAGAAGGAGGUCGUAGAGCCAGUGUGACCAGUGUGGAAAGUGAAACGUCGAUUUGUUCCAUGAGCCAGCUGGGAAACACCAUCGCUAAUAUUUCCAGCAGCUGGUGGGGCUCCAAGAGGUUGGAUUACGCUUUGUACUGCCCUGAUGUGCUGACGGCCUUCCCAACGGUGGCUCUGCCUCACCUUUUUCACGCCUCCUACUGGGAGUCCACUGACGUUGCAGCUUUUGUUCUUCGGCAGCUCAUGCGGUGCGACUGUGUGAAGACCCAGGAAGCACACAACCUGGACUCGGCUCCGUUCUCUCCCUCCAGCCCGCGAGAGAAAUGGCUCAGAAGGAGGACACACGUCAAACUAAGGAACGUCACCGCCAACCACAGGGUUAAUGAUGUCAUUGCCACCGAGGAUGGACCUCAAACUCUGGUGGGCCGCUUCAUGUACGGCCCCUUGGACAUGGUCACUCUGACUGGAGAAAAGGUGGACAUCCUGCUGAUGACACAACCUCAGUCUGGCCGCUGGGUGCACUUUGACACAGAGGUGACCAACAGCAGUGGCAGGGUCGCAUAUACCAUACCCAAGAGCAAGAAGCUCGGCCUCGGAGUCUAUCCGAUUAAAAUGGUGGUCAAGGGGGAUCAAACAAGUGCAGAGGCCUACCUGACUGUGUUGCCACGGGGCAUGGAGUGUGUGGUCUUCAGCAUUGAUGGAUCAUUUGCUGCUAGUGUGUCAAUCAUGGGCAGUGACCCCAAGGUCCGCCCCGGGGCUGUCGAUGUCGUCAGGCACUGGCAGGACCUGGGUUAUCUGAUUAUCUACAUCACAGGCCGCCCUGACAUGCAGAAGCAGCGCGUGGUAUCCUGGCUGUCACAGCAUAACUUUCCCCAUGGCAUGAUCUUCUUCUCUGAAGGCCUCGUUCACGAUCCUUUGCGGCAAAAGACCAUCUUCCUCAGGAACCUCAUACAGGAGUGUCACAUUAAGAUCAACUCUGCUUACGGCUCCAUGAAGGACAUCUCUGUUUACAACAUGCUCGGCCUCAGCCCUGCACAAAUUUAUAUUGUUGGCAGACCUUCGAAGAAGUACCAAAAUCAGUGCCAGUUCCUGAGCGAUGGCUAUGCAGCGCACCUCUCCACCCUUCAGUUUGGGCACAGAGCCAGACCUAAGAAAUCCCCUUCGGUCCGUAUGGUCUUAAGGAAAGGCUCGUUUGGUCUCUCGGCGAAGCCUGACUUCCUGUGUAAGCGCACCCACCUGCGUAGGACCAUGUCGGUGCAACAACCUGAUCCGCCAUGCACGCCCAACCCCAAGCCUGAGAGGGCCCAGAGCCAGCCGGAGUCAGAUAAGGACCACGGGGGAGGAGGAGCAGGUGGAGGAGGUGGAGGAGGUGGUGGUGGACAAGUCACAUGGGGACGGGCCUCCAUGCAUCGCGGAGACACCACUCCCUGAUGGCAAGAAAGCGAUGGAAGGAUUUCAGGAGGAUAAAAGUGGAGAACAAAGGCGUCUUAGUGUGGAGGGCCAAGUGUCACCUCUACCUACUGUACAUUGGAUCCUCUGCUGGCAUCCCUCGCAGCUCAGCUUUACCUCCCGCUUGGCCUUCUACACUUUGCCACCUGUUCGGCCAUUUCUCCUUGACCUGCUCGAUGGAUAGUGUAGUCGUCGUGCCUGAAAUGUUGAACCAUUGCCGGGGAUGGCAAUGAUUUUUGUGAAUGUCUGUUUCAAGCUCGAACUGUGUCUAAUCGUAAAAUCAAAAGAAUGUAUAAGACAGUUGAUAAACACACAUAUUCGUGCCCACACACACGCUUUAGAGGAUGGAAAAUGUUACAAACCUGUUGAGACUUGAGCAGCAGAUCACUGACGGGGGGUCACGUUGGCCGACUCCUGCGCUACACCUCCGCCCAUGUAAAUACUCAUCACACAUCAUCCUCGUGUCGGCUUCUGGACACAGAAACGCUGUGACAUUUAGGUUCAAUCUUUACACGAGCUGUGCGAUGUGGAGCCCAAAUCAUCCGACCUCAACUAAGGCCGCCCUCCGCCCUCCCUUUCACUCCCACUGUUAGAUGUUAUGGCCGCCCUUCUUUCCUUUCCUUCAAACCAGUGAGGCAAACAACGCCUUCUGACAGCCGCCUCAGACCCAGGUUCCACAGCCGCCGAAGCGCUGUAGCUUGCACGGCUCGACCCCUGAGGUUGCAUUUUUGCACUAUGGAAGCAGACCGCAGCGGUACUCCCUUCACAAACAAGGAGUUGUAUUUGUAUUUAAUUGUAUUUGUAGCUUCGUUUCUCCAGCAUAUUGUGCACUGUCGCUGCCUGUCAGUUGCUGUAACUACUCGAGGAUGAAACAUGUAGUUUGUAGGAAAGUGUUGGUUUGACCAAAAAAAAAUGUUUACAGAUUGAUGGACUUUGAUCAGAACUUGUUUAUCUAUAAUUAAAAUGACAGUGUGUAAUUGUCAUUAUUAGCAACAUUAGUGUAGUUGCUUGGUAGUUUGCAGUAGCUUGCAGGAUAUUAUACAUUAGACCCCAUGCCAGUUGAAUUUACACUUUACUACAGCUGCACUGGAACCAAUAGAUUUGUGAUUAAAAUCUGAUGCUGUCUUGUGCACUCGAGGUUGAAUUGAGUCUUAACUGUGGCCAUGUUUAAAACUCUGUGCAAGUCAAACAUAUUUUUCUAUGAGGAAAUAUUGUAAAAAGAAAUAUUUUCAAUGUAUGUUUUUGGACCUUUUGUUGUUUGACUUGUUGAAUGGUUGAUUUUUUGCCUUAAAUUGUUUUUCAUGUUGAGUAGAGAUACAAAACUAUUAGAUUUGUUUUUACCAAAGUAUUGAGUUUUAUUGUUGAAUCAUUACAAAGUGCAUUUUAUCUAGUUGGUAUUUUGCUUUUUCGGAUUCUGUAUUUGUGUGUGCAUGUGUGAGUGAGUGUCUGUAGUGGGUGUAUUUGUUGUAGAGAAUCGUAUUUACUGUGAACGUGAAGACAGCUAUGACGUGUGUGGAGGGAUCAGAGCGCGCAGGGAGGCCAGUGUUAACAUACCCGCGUGUUCUCACUGCAGCUCACUACUGCCGGCUUUUCAGAACCGAGCGUGUAUUUUUUUCCAGAAGAUUACUUAGUUGAGGUUUAUGAAAGAAAAAAGGGGCUCCUGAGAUCUUUGAGUAUCUUGGUUUAGCUGAAAACCUGUAUAGCGGAGCGGAACGUGAAAACCCAGGAGGGAGCUGUCUUCGACUCGUUUUCUUUCACUGCCUAGGUGGUCCAGUAAUUAGCUAUUUGAUUACAACUAAGUAUGUACGACUCCCCGUAGUGCCGCCCCUGUAAUUGCAGUGCACCAAUUAGCAUUCCUCGGUAACUGUACAAUAUUGUAGAAACAAUACUCAAAUACUUAACUCGAUUGUUGAUACUGAAACAAAAAAAACGUGAUCAUUCCCAUCAAUGUAUACACAAUUGUCAAAUGGACUCGUAAGUCUGGAUAACACAGAGUGAUAUUUUGAUACGACGGUACAACUGAAGGAGGAAGAGUGAAAUAUUUAUGCUGGGCAGCAACAUUAUUAGUAAAUGGCAAAUAAUGACCUAAUGGUUAAAUGGUAAUUGUAAUGUGCAAUUAUUCUAUAUUGUUCAGUAAUGGCUCAAUUUUCAUGUUUUUAGUCUUCUAAAUUAAUAAUAAAGUAUAUGUAUUUAUAUAUAGAUAAUUCACAGACACAAUUUCAUCCACCACAUGUUGAUUCUGAUUUAUAAAUGUAAACACUUAUUUUGGACCCGACUAACUUGAUUCACAAGAAUAAUAAUAAUAAGGAGAUCGAUUACCGUAUUAUGCUACUUUCUACAAGCUCUGCAGAUGUAUUAUUUUUUAAAAUGAAAUGCUUUGGCUUUGAUUCUGAAGUUACCUCUUUCUUUUAGAUCAUACAUUUGUAUAAUGUGUCAUUUUAUUCUUAAGGCUAAUAUUUCCAAUGUUUACACAGGAAACAUGUUUCAUAAUGUAUCAGAAGACUUAUGUAUCCACUCUUCAGAUACAUCUAAUUAACUUCUCCCUAAGUUCUAAUUAAUGUUGUCAAAUGAUUAGUGUUCAUAGAAUCAUCACUUAACUAUUAACCCAAUUUGCCAUUUAUUAACAAUUCUUUAUGGUGUGACAGCUUCUUUUGAAAAUGGUUGAUUUGAUUCAUUCUUGUGGUCUUGAGUGUUUGACACUGGCCUUUUGACCAAUGAGGAAAAAAAAAAAAAAACAGCUGGUUUAACCGCUAAAAAUAUUCUUGUUUUGUACAGAUCUCCUGUGAUGAUGAACAUGUUGUUGUGUUUAUUGGACUUGGUCCAUAUUUCAUCGUUGCAUAAAUAAAGAUAUUUCACAGUUGGA